UAGUUCAAUUUGCCUUUCCUAAACUACAAUAUUUAAUAUAUUUAUGAAUGUUGCGCACCAUAUCAUUUAGAUCGAUUUAGUUAUUCGGUGAUGUUCAUUGACGGUCUGGUGUUCGUUUCUGAUCGUUUUAUUAUAUUUUACUAUUUUCUUCAAACUCAUUGAUACAUUUUUUAAAAAACAAUAUGUAUGCUCUCGAAGAUGAUCAGUAUGAUGAUGAAGAUGCUGAAGAAAUUUCUUCGAAAUUAUGGCAAGAAGCAUGUUGGAUUGUUAUUAAUGCUUAUUUCGAUGAAAAAGGUCUUGUACGUCAACAACUUGACAGUUUUGAUGAAUUCAUAGAAAUGUCCGUUCAGCGAAUCGUAGAGGAUUCUCCGCAAAUUGAUUUACAAGCAGAAGCUCAGCAUACUUCUGGAGAAAUAGAGAAUCCUGUCAGACAUUUAUUGAAAUUUGAACAAAUUUAUUUAUCCAAACCUACACAUUGGGAAAAAGAUGGUGCACCAUCACCUAUGAUGCCAAAUGAAGCCAGACUUAGAAAUUUAACUUAUUCAGCACCUUUAUAUGUUGAUAUCACUAAAACUAUUGAAAAGGAUGGUGAAGAUCCUAUUGAAACACAGCAUCAGAAAACAUUUAUAGGAAAAAUUCCAAUUAUGUUAAGGUCCAAAUAUUGUCUCCUUGCUGGUUUGUCAGAUCGUGAUUUAACAGAAUUAAAUGAAUGUCCUUUGGAUCCUGGUGGUUAUUUUAUUAUUAAUGGAUCUGAAAAAGUACUUAUAGCACAAGAAAAAAUGGCAACAAAUACAGUUUAUGUGUUUAGUAUGAAGGAUGGUAAAUAUGCAUAUAAAGCUGAGAUAAGAUCUUGUUUGGAACAUAGUUCACGUCCUACCUCUACAUUAUGGAUUAACAUGAUGGCGAAAAGUGGUGCUAGUAUUAAAAAAUCAGCAAUUGGGCAACGUAUUAUAGCUAUUAUACCAUAUAUUAAGCAAGAAAUUCCUAUUAUGAUAGUUUUCCGUGCACUUGGCUUUGUAGCUGAUCGUGAUAUUCUGGAGCAUAUUAUUUAUGACUUUGAUGAUCCUGAAAUGAUGGAGAUGGUAAAGCCGUCAUUAGAUGAAGCUUUUGUUAUACAAGAACAAAACGUAGCUUUAAAUUUUAUUGGUACAAGAGGUGCUAGACCUGGAGUAACAAAAGAAAAACGUAUAAAAUAUGCUAGAGAAAUUCUACAAAAAGAAAUGUUACCUCAUGUAGGUAUCAGUGAUUUUUGUGAAACAAAAAAAGCCUAUUUUCUUGGUUAUAUGGUACAUAGAUUACUAUCAGCAUCUUUAGGACGAAGAGAAUUGGAUGAUCGAGAUCAUUACGGCAAUAAAAGAUUAGAUUUAGCUGGACCACUAUUAGCAUUUUUAUUUAGAGGUUUAUUCAAAAAUCUUAUGAAAGAAGUACGUCUAUAUGCACAGAAAUUUAUAGAUCGUGGAAAAGAUUUUAAUCUUGAACUUGCUAUUAAAACAAAAAUAAUUACCGAUGGUCUGAGGUAUUCACUGGCAACUGGUAAUUGGGGAGAUCAAAAAAAAGCUCAUCAAGCAAGAGCAGGAGUUUCACAAGUAUUAAAUAGAUUAACUUUUGCAUCAACUUUAUCACAUUUAAGAAGAGUAAAUUCUCCUAUUGGAAGGGAUGGUAAACUUGCAAAACCACGUCAAUUGCAUAAUACACUAUGGGGUAUGUUAUGUCCUGCAGAAACUCCUGAAGGUGCAGCUGUUGGUUUAGUUAAAAACUUGGCAUUGAUGGCAUAUAUUAGCGUUGGAUCUCAACCAUCUCCGAUAUUAGAAUUUCUGGAAGAAUGGUCUAUGGAAAAUUUAGAAGAAAUAGCACCAAGUGCAAUUGCUGAUGCAACAAAAAUAUUUGUCAAUGGUUGUUGGGUUGGAAUCCAUAGAGAUCCAGAUCAAUUAAUGGCUACUUUGCGUAAAUUAAGAAGACAAAUGGACAUCAUUGUGUCUGAGGUAUCAAUGAUCCGAGAUAUUAGAGAUCGUGAGAUAAGAAUAUAUACAGAUGCUGGAAGAAUCAGUAGGCCUCUGUUGAUUGUAGAGGGGCAAAACUUAUUGUUAAAAAAAAGACACAUUGAUAUGUUAAAGGAAAGAGAUUAUAACAAUGAUGGAUGGCAAGAAUUGGUGGGCAGUGGAGUAGUAGAAUAUAUAGAUACACUUGAAGAAGAGACUGUCAUGAUUGCUAUGUCACCUGAAGACCUUAGGCAAGAAAAGGAAUAUGCUUAUUGUACAACCUAUACACAUUGUGAAAUACAUCCUGCUAUGAUUCUAGGAGUUUGUGCUUCCAUUAUUCCAUUUCCUGAUCACAACCAGAGCCCUAGGAAUACUUAUCAAAGUGCUAUGGGUAAACAAGCUAUGGGAGUUUAUAUAACAAACUUCCAUGUGCGAAUGGAUACAUUAGCUCAUGUACUUUAUUAUCCUCAUAAACCAUUGGUUACCACCAGAUCUAUGGAAUAUCUUAGAUUCAGAGAACUUCCUGCAGGGAUUAAUAGUAUAGUUGCUAUUUUAUGUUAUACUGGAUAUAAUCAAGAAGAUAGUGUUAUUUUAAAUGCUAGUGCAGUUGAGAGAGGUUUCUUUAGGUCUGUUUUCUACCGAUCUUACAAGGAUUCUGAAUCUAAAAGAAUUGGUGAUCAGGAAGAACAGUUUGAAAAACCUACACGACAAACUUGUCAGGGAAUGCGCAAUGCGAUAUAUGAUAAAUUAGAUGACGAUGGAAUUAUUGCUCCUGGUAUUCGUGUAUCAGGUGAUGAUGUUGUGAUAGGCAAAACUAUUACUCUUCCAGAAACAGAUGACGAGUUGGACAGUACAACUAAACGGUUUACGAAAAGGGACGCAUCUACUUUCUUACGUAAUAGUGAAACUGGAAUUGUAGAUCAAGUGAUGCUAACAUUGAAUAGUGAAGGAUACAAAUUUUGUAAAAUCAGAGUUCGUAGCGUACGUAUACCGCAAAUUGGUGAUAAAUUUGCUUCGCGUCAUGGACAAAAGGGCACUUGUGGUAUCCAAUACAGACAAGAAGACAUGCCAUUUUCAUGUGAAGGACUUACGCCUGAUAUAAUUAUUAAUCCUCAUGCUAUUCCAUCUCGUAUGACUAUUGGUCACUUGAUCGAAUGUAUACAAGGAAAAGUUUCAGCAAAUAAAGGCGAAAUUGGUGAUGCUACUCCAUUUAACGAUGCGGUCAAUGUACAAAAAAUUUCUACGCUUUUACAAGAAUAUGGAUAUCAAUUAAGAGGCAAUGAAGUUAUGUAUAAUGGACAUACUGGGCGUAAAAUUAAUGCUCAAGUUUUCUUAGGUCCAACUUAUUAUCAACGUUUGAAACACAUGGUGGAUGAUAAAAUUCAUAGUAGAGCAAGAGGACCUGUACAGAUUUUAGUUCGACAACCAAUGGAAGGUAGAGCAAGAGAUGGUGGAUUGCGCUUUGGUGAAAUGGAACGUGAUUGUCAAAUUUCACAUGGUGCUGCUCAAUUUUUGAGAGAGCGUUUAUUUGAGGUUUCUGAUCCAUACAGAAUUCAUAUAUGCAAUUUUUGUGGAUUAAUCGCGAUAGCGAACUUACGUAAUAAUACAUUCGAAUGCAAAGGUUGUAAGAACAAAACACAGAUCUCACAAGUUAGAUUACCAUAUGCAGCAAAAUUACUUUUCCAAGAAUUAAUGGCUAUGAAUAUUGCACCAAGAUUAAUGGUAGCAUAAAUAUAUUUAAUGCGUAUAUUUUUUUAACUACUUUAGUAUUAUUUGUUAAUAUCUAGUUAUAUAAUUACUUUUAAGUUAAAUUUAAGUACAAUAAAUACAUGGUUGUUAUACAAAAUUGUAUCUAAAAUUUGAUAUUAUAUUUAUCUAUGAGAAAGAAAAAAAUCUGUAUACUGUUAUCAACGUAUUAUGAAUAAAUAAAAACAAAAAAUCACAUAAUAACAUAUCUUCAUUUAAAAUAUGAGUUGUUACAUAAAUAGUUUUAUUACUUUGUAUUCUUCUAAUCUGAAAAUCCAAAAUUGCAUAUAUACAUGUUGCUAUUAUUUACGUUCUUAUUUAUAAGAGAGAAAUAUAUUUUUAUCAUAUAAAAAAUUAUAAAUUCUUAAUUUAAUAUUUUAAAAAAUAUAUCUGUGUAGAAAGAAUUUAAUAUUGAUCUAAUAUAUUAACAUAUAUUAGUAUAAUUAUACUCCAUAUGUUACUGAUUUACAGUUUGUACAGGACAUACAUCUAAAAGACAAAAUUUUGCUCUGCACACAGGACAAGUACAUUUAGAAGAUAACCAUAUUUCUGGUGUAUUCUCAUCUUGUCUUGAUGCAAACCUGUGUUUAAUAUAAAUAUUUGUAAAUUAGAAAUUAAGAUGAUCAUAGAAAGAAAAAUGCAUUCUAAUAAGAAAUUGAACAGAAGAGCUAACCAUUUUGCCAUACAUUCAAUACACCACAUCGGUCGACAAUGACAAAUUGUACAUUCAUCAGAAUUUGGUCUUUCAGUAAUAUUUCCACAACAUUUAUUUAACUUUACAUUGGAUCGUACUUGCAUACAUCCAAUACAAUUCUCUAAUUCCUAUAAGAUAUAACAAUAAAUAGAAUACAUCAUUAAAUAUUUGAUAUAUAUUAUAAAAUAUUUAUUACCUGUGCAGUUUCAUAAAAAGGAUUUUCUAAUGCUUGUUCUUUGAAGACAUCAAUAAAUCUAUCUAAUAGUGUUUUAUGAAAAGUAACAUCUUGUAAAAUGACUAUUGGUUGUUGUACUUUGUCUUGGAAAUCCUUGAAAGUAAAUGUACUUAUUCUUAUAUCAAACGCUUCUGCUCCUAUCCUAGUAGGUUUGACCUGCAUCAUCAUUUUUGUUUUUAUUCAAUAAAGAAUAAUAUAUACUUUAAAAAAUAAAUAAAUGAUACCUCAAUAUUAAUAAACUGGACUUCACCCCUAGCUGUAUGAGACAUGGCAUGAGUAUCACUUUUGCUUAUUAUUAAAGCAGUAUCACUUUGCCGUGCAAUGAAUAGUUUAUAAGAAGUUAUUUUAAGUAUCCAAUUAUCUGUUACAAUGACUCUAGUUACACUACUUGUAUCAAUUAAAAUUUUAUCUAUUCUGAAACAAGUUCAGGUAUUAUGGGCAACACAAUCCUAUAAUAUAUAUAAAAUUUAUAUGAAUGUUUAAUAAUUAUUAUAUAAAAUUAUCAACCUUCUAUAUUCUGUAUCAAUCUCAGACGCAACAGACAUCCAAUUAGCAUUAUCAUCACAAUAAAUUGAAAGAUUUUGUACUAUUGGAUGCAUCUUCCAAUUUUUUUCUGACCAUUUAAAAAUUGUAUAUAAAAUAUAUGCUGGUCCUGCUAUCGUAACAAUAACAAGAAUUGACCAUAGAGGGCUUUGAUAGAACAAUUGUAUAUUUCCUGCAUCAACAUGACCAAAUAAUAUCAAACCUAAAAUAUAGCCUAAAAACAAAAUUUAUGCAAUUACAUUAUGAUACGGUAAUACAAUACAAAUAAAAUUGAUUGUUUUACAUUUAUAUUUGUUAGGAAAAUUAAGUUUACCAAAUGGCAAUAAAGAAUGUAUGAAUAACGUAAUUACACUUCUUCUAAUGUGAUAAUAUAUGAAUGAUUCAGUUUCACUACCCAACCAGUUUGCAAAUAUAGUCUUUAUCGUUAGACCAGUAGAAACAAAUUCCACUGGCGGAUAAAUAAUGCAACCAGAUAUUAAACAAUAAAACAGUGUAUAAAAGAAAUAAGUAGACAUCGUAAACAAAAAAUCUAUAAUACUGUUUACAAAAAAAUCAAAUCAUGAAAUUGUAAAAGUUCUCUUGAUUCAAUUUCACUUUUUUUAGUUUCGACAAUUUUUUCGAACAUAAUACGCACAAUACACAUAACAAUUAGAAAUCUGUCCGAAUAUCAUAUUGUUAAACAUUCAAAAUUAUAGUUCCCUAAAAAGUAAUCAAAAAUGUCGUUUUAAAUUAAACCAAUCAGCCAUGAGGAUGUUUUAACGUCACAUACAAUAGUAUAUUCGAAAGGCAUCCAAUGAGUUUAGAGAUUAAGACUGAAGUUCAGUUGAGUUUAGCAGUUUGCUACAUGACAUUUGUGUACGAAGAAUUCAUUCCGAUCAUUGAAAUACUGUUCGGUUAUUUUGUGUAUUUUUAUAAUAAUUACAAACAUUGAUUUUAAAAAUGAUGUACGAAAGAAAUGUGGACACAAUGUAAAAGACACGAUUGAAUUAUUGGCCUAAGUGCCAAGUCUUAAUGCCAUAAGUGCCAAGUCUUAAUGCC